AUGAGUAUUGAAUUUGUGAAUUGGCCAGAUUCAUAUUACAUUGGCAUUGAUGGGUGCUUUUACCCUUCAAACCGUCUGAACGGAGUAAAGAAUUUCCGCGUUGGACUUCAUCUUAUAACCUGGACACCUUCCAAUGGUGUGGGCUUAGUAUCUGGGGCGUUCUUUUACAUUUCGAAACCUUGUGCUUAUACACUUACAUACGAUACGUUGUCAGAGAAUGCAUUGCUUGAGGAGAUCGACUGUGUCUAUGAUGACAAGUUUUACAAUUAUACCUGCGUUGAUAAUUGGGAUUACUUGGUGAGAUUCAUCCAGGAAAAGCAUUUGCAAAGGAUAUUUCAAAGCGAGAUAUCAAUUUUUACAAUGGAUACUUCUACUUAUGCAAACACAGAUUUGAAGCUGAAUGAAUCGCAGCUUUUUCAGCCUUCAGAGAAAGAUACUAUAUUACAAUUCACGAAAUUUGAUGUUAGAAAAAGCUGGUCUCCGACUUCCGUAGGCUCCGAAAGGUCUUUGCAAGCUAUUGACAAAAGUUUUAUGUAUCAACGACUUGUACAAUUUGCUUGGCACGGUGAGCUUGAUUCGGCGCUAGCUGAGUACUCAUUUGCCUACCUUGCAUACGCUUUUUUUUCUCAUUACGCAGCAUUAUUGCAUUGGAAAAACUUUUUGGAGAUGCUAUUGCAGUCUUAUACAUUGGCUGAAACAGAGCCAGAGUAUUACUCUACUUUUCUUGGCUUGUUUCAAGUGCAAAUCGAGAAACUGCAUGAUCGUGACAUAGAAACUUCAGCUCUUUUUGAGAAAAAUUUUAUGCAGUCCUUACUGGAAAACCUAUUGGAACGCAAGUCAGACAACAGCUUUUCGCUCCAAGUCAACGAGGCUUUAGAAAAUCUGGUGAAUGCUGUUUCGAACAUAGUCAACAUACAGGAAUUUCCAGAAGACGCUACUACAGAUGAUCCUAAUGCUGCUAUUGAUUACGACCAGGAAGUACAUGAAUUUGGGCAAUAUGUGAUAGAUGAUUUUGAUAAUGAUAGUAAUUAA